AUGGCCACAGGCAUGUUCGAACCAAUCUUGAAUUACAAGCUAUCGAUCAAGUCGCUAAUACUCAAAACAGGCCAACAGCGCCGCGGCGGGCGGCUGGAAGAACGUCUACGUGGUGCUCAACGCACAAACAUCCAGGACGACUCCUUCAACAUCGACAUCGCUGGCCUUAACAUAGCCAGCUCGACUCCCGCCGCACCUACACCUGCGCCUCCCGUAUCGUCAGCGAAUACUUCUGCUAAGAGGAGAAGAUUGGAUAACGAGCCGCCGGCUUCUGUACAAGCGCCGGAAAGUGUGCGAAGACGAUCACCGAGAUCAAGACCCGAAGACCCCUACGACCUGCCCGACUCAUCUAAGGAAUCUGGCGCGCAGGAUGCUACAGCUGAACCGACGGAAGUGGAAGAGCCGAUUCUCGGUGAUUUAGAGGAAAACGAAUCCGACCAAGGAUCAGAUAUCGAACCGCAGCCCGAGCCUGAACCUGAACCCGAAUUACUCAGUCCAGGGCAAUCCAUUGAAGCGUCAGAGGAUAACGAGGCCGAGAUCGAAUUGCCAGUGUUACCGAACACAAAUGCGUCCAAAUCACCGGAUGUGCGACCGCCAAGUCGUACGGCGCAACAAAAUACUGAGGGGCUUCCCGACGGAGGACAGAGCGUUGGCAUGAGUGAAGCUGUAUCGUCCACUACUCGGCUACAUACUACAUUGCAACAAGACGAUGAUAUGCCGGCGUCCUCAUCGCCUCUGGUGCGGAAGGUACGGCGAAGUGAGGGUCCUACGACAAUUCGAUCGAGAAUGUCUUAUAUGCGAACCCCAGGGACUCCGGAGCCGGCAGAGGAUGUGGAUGAGCUUUCGCCAGAUCGACCAGAUCACGCGCCUGCAGACGACGAAUUAUCAGAACCAGAUAACGUGGAAGAGGCAGACCCUGAGGCGGAACCAAUUGACGAAGAACCGAUAGCGGACGUCGAAGAUGCGCAGGAGGAGGAAGAAGCCGCAGCAGAGGCUAUCGGUGCAGUAGAAGCAGCCAAAGCCAUCGGUAGAAAACGUCCCCGAAGAAGUCUUCCCUCUCAGUCGCCCGCGGCCGAGCCCGAGGAACAAGCAGAUGACCAGGAACCCUCGCCAAAACGACGUCGUGGACGACCCUCAAGAAGCCCUGCGACACAAAAACAACCCGCAACAAAGCCAAAAGCCAACACAACAGCAAAGCCACGAACAGCAGGUCCAAAACCACUACCAAAACAGGUUCGCCGGACGAAGCAAGCUGCCAAAGAGCGACGAAUCAGUGAUGGAACAGCUAUUGAACUUACGGUGCAUCGCUUUGUCAAUGUCAAGAAAUUUAUCAAAGACGACGGCAAUCCAGAUCAACUGGCAGCAGAUGUACCGUUCAUACCAAGUAGCGAAACAGUGGUGGAUGUCUUUUCGCAGGUAUGCUUAGAGGUUAUCGAGGGUACGGUCGCCAAGCUCCUCGAGACGUUGGGAACCACCGAGGAUAAAGAGAAGAAGAAAGAAUGCCGAAUCAAAAUACGGGCACUCGAGGCGUAUAAGGAAGAGUUAAAUUCCCGUCUACUUCAGCUGGCAAUUCACCUCAGCGAUUGGCAAACGCUACGCAAACGGGUUCGUGUGAUACAGCGAGAGAAGCUGCCACUACGAGAAGAAAUAUUGCGCCUCAAAGCAGAGAGGGAACAAGUUGCUCUGAGGAUGGAUGCGGUGCGAAUCAAGCACGAGGAGGAUACCAAAGAGUCAAGAUAUCGCCUCGACACCUCAGCUAUAAUGCAUGACAUAGACAUGGCUGUUGAACGAGGACGAGACGCCCCCGAACUAUCGCGCGCCCAAGAGAAGAAGGCCGACCUGGCCAAUCUUGAACUUCUGGUGGCACGUAUCGCAGAUGAAGCCAGCUCAGCGAGCUCCGCAGGCGGAAUGCUCCAACAAGUCAAGAACUUCAACGCUUUUCUCGAACGCGCAGCAAUUGCUCUGGAAACAAGAUGA